CUUUGUUUGGGUGGAAUUCAGCCAGGGUGCAUUUAGGGAAAAAACGCAGUACGCUUCUGUAGUCAACUUCACCUCGACCGUGUCGUUUCACAAUAACGAUAUACAGAGCACUACAAAACACAAAGAGUUUAUCGAGAAGACACAUCUAGAGGACUUUGAAACAGACGAUGUGGAGUUCGUAAAACCUCUGAAAAUAAGUAAUGCCGCUGGUGGAUCACCCAAUAGUAAGCAAGAAACUGGAACUAACAGUGGUCAUUUUAGACCCAAACAAGCAGAAAGCUGGGAUCUUCAUCCGGUAUAUGAAAUUAAAGCAUUCGGCAGAACUCUCUUCCUGGAACUGUAUCACUACAACAAGUUUAUGUCUCCAAAUUUACAUAUUGCCACACACUUCAAAAACAAUUUUACUCAAAGAACACGGCAUGAUCCUCGCAUAUCUGGGUGCUUCUACACGGGACAAAUUAGGGGAGACAAAAGUUCCUACGUAGCUGUAUCGCUUUGUAGUGGAAUGACUGGAUAUAUAAAGGCGACCGACAGCAGCUAUUACAUAGAACCAGCUGAGGAAUAUGUCGAUGGAUCAACUACUAGUUUAAUCCAUAGAAUGAAGCGGUUACCACAUCCGACCAAAAAGAUGAAUGACGUGAAUUCUGAUAUCAUGGAAUUUAAUGAAAAUAAUGAAAACAAAACCAUAAUUGAAGACGAUUUCUAUCAAGAAACAGAAUAUAUCGCAAAAGAUCAUCGCAUUAGAAGACGAUCUCUAACUUCCUAUGAACCAGACUCAAUUGAAAUCGAAGGAACAUGUGACAUGCUUAAAGAAACGAUUUGGAGAAGUCCAGCCGAUGUUUUAAAAGACGCAGCACGCCCGAGAAGAAACGCCGAAUGGAACAGCAUCUAUAGAAUGAGCAACGAAAGCUACGUCAAGGUUUUAGUGGUAGCAGAUGGUAGCAUGCUUAAAUAUCACACCAACAGCAAUGAGUUGACCGUUUACAUUCUCACGCUAAUGUCACAUGUUUCGUUUUUGUUUAAAGAAGAGACUGUUGGUAACCCGAUAUCUAUAUCUGUGGUUGAUAUAGAUAUACUCAAUACAAAUGAUUUUUCAAAUUCGAAUUCUUCAGGCAUGUUACUUAAAUUUUGUGACUGGACUAAACGCCACGCUAAAGAUAGAAUACAUAACGUUGCAGUAUUGUUAACCAGGGACACCAUAUGCAGAAACGAAUCUGCUCCACAACAUUGUACAACAUUAGGUGUUGCAGAACUGAAUUCAAUGUGCCAAUCAGGAUGUGCCAUAGUUAAAGAUAAAGGAUUAGCCACGUCGUACACUAUAGCUCAUGAAAUAGGUCAUAUUUUAAGUAUGCCUCAUGACGAAGAUAAAAAGUGCGAAAGGUUCAACAAGUACAUCAGUAUUACAAAUAUUAUGAGCAAAAGUUUUAAAAAAGACACCAAACCAUUUACAUGGUCGCCGUGUUCGAGAUAUUUCAUUACGGAGUUUUUAGAUUCUGAACGCUCUACCUGCUUGAGACGUCCACCAGUGAACAACUAUUUACCAACGUAUCAUUAUACAGACACUUUGCCAGGCGAUAAAUUUGAUCUGGACACUCAGUGCGAACUUGAGUUUGGACCUGGAAGAAAAGUGUGCCUCUCUGGAGUACCGUCUGCUCCGUGUGAACAUUUGUAUUGCAGCGCAAAUAACACCGAGUACGCCUGUACAUCUACGUUUUCGCCCUGGGCUGACGGUACUAGAUGUGGAGAUAACAAAGUAUGUUUCAACGGAGAAUGCAGGUACGAGUACGAACUUGUUCCAAUCAAUGGAGGUUGGGGACCAUGGAAAGAAUAUGGGCCUUGUAGUAGAACAUGCGGAGGAGGAGUGAGAGCGUCUCAGCGGAAUUGUAACUCCCCUAAACCACUGAACGGUGGUCAGUACUGUAUUGGAGAAAACGUCAGAUAUGAAUCGUGCAAUAUACAGGAUUGUGAUAUCAACAGUUUGGAAUUUAGAGCUCUUCAGUGUCAAGAAUUCAACAACAAAACAGACGAAAUAAUCAACUCCAGUAUUCCAAUCUACUGGUUUCCUGAUUAUAAUAUCGAACUACAUGAAGACCAGUGCAGGCUGUUUUGUAUCCCCAACAAGGUAAAACCCAGCUAUAGGCUGCAAGAUAAAGUACAAGAUGGAACGAAAUGUGGACCAUCUGGAUUUGGAAUCUGCGUGAACGUGUUACUGGAUGGAGAAACCGGAGAAUCCCUUCUAAACGGCAACUUCAUGGCUAACAGAGACAGCGUGGACAUCAUAUUUGCCAACAUUAAGCUCAAAUACAGCGGCUCAAACACUUCUGUAGAAUGGAUCAACAGCGAGACCAACAAAAAGCUGCCGAAGGAUCUGGUGGUCAAAGUUUUGUCCAUGCAAAGUUUGUCGCCUCCCAAUAUUCAUUAUAGAUAUGUUAUCGACGUGAAGGAAGCACCCAGGUAA